AUGCCAUCUUAUAAUGUCGGAAUCGUUGGUGCUGGAAUCGCUGGAUUAUAUACCGCGCUUCUCUUACAACGUGAAGGACAUUCGGUCCAUAUUUUCGAGGCUACCAAUCGUAUCGGUGGCCGUGUGUACACUCACUACUUCACGGAAGCCGAGAAUCAAUACUACGAAGCUGGUGCUAUGCGUAUCCCUGACAUCGAGUCUCAUGGAGUGGUAUUCUCGCUGAUCGAAUACUUGAACGGUCACAAGGAUGUCCCAGCAAGAAUGGAAAUCCGCUUAAUGGAUUAUGUUUACCGCCAUGAGAAUAAUGGCAUGUACUUCAACUCUUCGACAGUUCAAGCCGAGAUAAUGAGUCUCACGCCUCUCACUGCUGGCUGGGUAAGUGUACCGGAAAGCUACAAAACCAAAAAUGUUGGAGAAUUACUUGAUGAAGUAUUUUGCGGGCUAUCGCACGGCGAGAAUGAUAGUUUUGAUCAUGCACUUUCUCGAAUUGUAAGAGAGUAUGAUCACUGCACUUUUCGACACUUCCUUAUCUCUGUCAAACACUGGCCUCCAUCGGUUAUUGAUUUCGUUGAAGCAACGGUCUUUCAACCUAAUGAGUUCUCUCUCAGUGUCCCCGAGAUCUACAUGAGAUUACAGGAGUUCAAAACAGGCAAAUGGAAGACAAUCAAUCAAGGAAUGAGUCGACUGCCAGAAGCAAUGGCUUGGCUAGUUGGGUACCGAAACAUCACGAUCGGGGCCCAGGUGACGCAGGUGAUCACACACAGCGACAAACGCAUACGGAUCAAGGCUGUAGGUCAUGAUGGCAUUAUUGAUGCAGAGUUUGACCGUCUGGUCCUUGCUAUACCUCCAGCUGCUUUGCAGAGGAUAGCAAACCGCCCUAUAUGGAGCCUGGAAAAGGAAACGGCAAUACGCUCACUCCAACUAGAGCCAUUGAUGACAGACGCAGCUAACUGGUUUCCACUCGAUCCAGUACAGCGUCGCGCGCUGGCAUUAGAAUGUAUUGCAAAGGUUUUUCAAGGCAAACGUGACCGGACCGGUGCAGAGAUUAAUGUCCAUGAGCUUUUAAUCGAGUCUUCAGACACAAUAUGGUCUGAACAAACAGCGACAGGAGUCACUAUGUUCCGGCCAGGUCAGCUUACAAGACACUUUGCUCAAGCCAGCCGACCCGAAGGGAAUAUCUUUUUUGCUGGUGAACACCUCUCCUACCAUCACACUUGGAUAGCUGGCGCCAUCCAUUCGGGAAUUCAAGCAGCAAGGGAUCUACUUGAUAUAAACGUGCAGCCUUUGGAUCCGGGACUCUUAGAUAAGAAUCAGAAGGGGAUAGAUUUAAAGGAUAUCGCGAAAGCUAAGUUCAAACUUAACCCUAAUGCCUUGUUGAAUCUCAGCUUCAGGAAAAACACUUCAGAGUGCAAUUGUCCAGAAGGGUCUGUAGAAUUUAUUGCAUCAAAGGGACAUCAAUCAGCUCUCGGGCCCAUAGUAACAAACUUAGAGGCAUAA